AUGCUGGAUUUGGAAGCAUUGCAAUGCAUGUGUCUUCAAUGGGGCUUCCCCAAGGGUCCAGAAGGUGCUGCACGAGGUCUUGGACGAAGCUCGCCUAUGCGACCUGAAAAUCUGAAGCACAAAUAUCCUUUGUAUUUUGCAGAAGAGGUGAAAAUUGCAUUGAUUGGAGGGACCCUUUUUUUUCUGCAACAGUUUGCUGGAAUUAAUGGUGUUCUUUAUUUUUCGUCAUUAACAUUCCGUGAUGUUGGUAUUACAAGUGGUGCUUUAACGAGCUUAUAUGUUGGAAUAACCAACUUUGGAGGGGCAAUUGUUGCUUCAAAUUUGAUGGAUAAGCAAGGGCGAAAGAAACUUUUGAUAGGAAGCUAUCUUGGAAUGGCAUUCGCAAUGUUCCUGAUAGUAUACGGCAGCAGCUUCCUGCUUGAUGAAGGAAUCGCCCAUAGCCUGUCAAUUACUGGAACUCUUUUGUACAUUUUUACUUUUGCCUGCUGGGCCAGUUACAGGUAUCGUUAUACCAGAGCUGAGCAGUGCUCGGACACGCUCAAAAGUUAUUGGCUUCAGCUUCACUGUACAUUGGGAUAUGUAACUUUCUUAUGGGACUAUAUUUUCUGGAGCUUGUGAAGAAGUUUGGGGUUGAAGCAGUCUAUGCAGGUUUCGGUGGGGUCUCUUGUUGACAGCAGUUUUCGCCUACAAUUUCAUAGUCGAACACAAGGACGUUCUCUUGAGGAAAUUGAGAUGUCUUUGAGCCCUGCUAACCCUGGCAAGCGAGAGUAAAACAUGUCCGUCCAUUCAGUCAUGCGGACGAACUGGCACUCUCUGCUGCCUCAAGGAAUUUAUAACAGAG